GACUGAACUGCAGAGAGAGCAAGGUGGGCGUGCCUGCUCAACACUACUGACUGCAAGUUAUGAAUUCAUGACAAGAUAUUUGAACAAAACUAGUUAUUACAGCACAUUUUAAAGCAUAUCUUGUUCAAUCAUCUUUGUCUUGGAACCUCUCUCUUUAUUUUUCAAAUGAGUGUCACCAGGUAAGGAUUAUUGUUUUUUUUUUAAUGUAACCUUACAGUAGAUGUUUGCAGUUUAAGGCAAUAACUCAUUUGGAUGGGUUCUACAUUUGUAAGCAGAAUAAUAUAUUGUAUUGAUCAUUUCAACGUUUUUGGUUUUCAUUUAGAUUAUAGGAAUAGCACGAUCAUGUGAGCUGAACAAAAAUCUAUGCUUGUCUGGGGAAGUAGAUGUUUUCCAAAAAUGUUGACUGCCAUGUAAUGUCACAAGACUAAAAAAACAUACAUUUAGUAGUAGACAUUGACAUGUAAAUUAUAAUAUAGUGAAGUAAAGUGCAUAAUGAACACAUUUAGAUGAACACAUUCGGUAAGAGGACCUCAAAAGACCUGAAAAAAAUAUUUAAGGACUUUAAACGCUUUCUGUUUGUUCCCCUUUCCUCAGGGUCCUCCACGUAUUAAAUUCAUCAGCAAUGCCGGUUCCUGUUAUGCCUGCAGACAUCAAUAUGCGGAUGUACAUCACACACUCGCCACCUCUCCGGAGCUUCCUCAGUUCCUAUGAGGACUUGAGGGCCAGGAACCGGGCAAACCACUACAAGCCCCUCCGGCCCUGCAUCAGCUCCCAGAGGGCCCUGGAGGCCCCCAGUCUGGCCUGGAAGACCACCAUGAAGACCCCAAAGGGCAAGAAGAGAGUGGUCUUCGCCGACUCCAAAGGCAUGUCCCUCACAGCCAUCCACGUCUUUUCAAAGUUUGAUGAGGAGCCCGCGCUGUCCAACUUUCAAUUUGACCUCAUAGACCUGGAGAAUACCACCGUGGAGCUGAAGAUCAGAACCAUGCAAAGCCUGGUGCUGGACUUCCCCCAACCCGCUUCAGACUAUCUGGCCUUCCGGAACCGGCUGUUGAAGAACUCUGUGUGCCUGGAAAACUGCACACUGCAGGAGAAGUCACUCACAGGCACCGUGAAAGUCAGAAACCUUGGCUUUCAGAAAUCUGUCCAGGUCCGGGUGACCGUUGACUCAUGGAAAACCUACACAGACGUUGACUGCACCUUUAUGAACAACGUCUACAGUUGCCAGGUAACAGACACAUUUGCCUUCAUCUUCAAACUGCCCAGUUACGUACCCCCUUCUAACAGAGUCGAAUUCUGCAUAUGCUUCAAGAGCAAAGACCAGGUUUUCUGGGACAAUAAUGAUGGGAAAAACUACAUUCUCAAACCAAUUGGUUGGAAUGUUGAGCUUAAGAAACCAGCAGAGCACAAGAACUCCAGUAAACUACUGGAGAUGGGGUGUGACCAGUUUGGAAGUCCCCGCUCAUCAAGUGGACUCUUUCGUGGGUUGCAAAGCUGGGGACGAAUUGAGAAUGGUGCCAACUACUGGUGAAAUUAGGGAAGACUUUCAGCUACCGUGAAGAAGUAUAACAGGGAUGGACUAGGAGCAGAGGGAUAGCAGUAGUAGUGACAUAACUUAUCUUAAAAUGUCCGAAUCUGCUUUGAAUGCAAUGAAGCACAUCAAGAAAGACAAACUGUAUGGAAAUAUGGACCAUGGUUAGAUUCUACUACUACCAUAGAGAUAGAUACUUUCUGAAUAUGAUCAGAGAGACGGAGGCAAUAGAUUUUUAUUUUAUUUUACAUGUGAUUCUUGUGUAAAGUAGUUUAGUGCCUUCUCAAUAUCCUGCCUGUUAUAAAACAAAAGUCCAUUGAAAUUUAAGUUUGACAAUCUGUAACCUUGUAUGAGCCCAUUUUCAUUGUUGGAACUUACCGUAAGCAAAUGCACUGAUUGAGAUGAACUUUCUGAUUUCCAUACAUACAGUAUGUGGUGGGAUUGGACCAAUGGGAUGUCCUUCAUAUUGAAGGGUUAGAGUGUUACCAUCUAUCUUUGAAAAAAUCAAAGUUAAAUAUGAAUUUCUCAGUAAAUAAAACAAAUGAUAAAAUGCACCUUCAAAAUAGUUUUUUUUAGUCAAGACUCAUUGCUGUCUCGUGUAUCUCAUUUCAAAUGCUUAUUAUUGUAUUUGAUGCAAUGUGAAGUUGUAUUGAUAAGAUACAAUCAGGAAACUGAAUGAUCAUGGCCUGUUGUCUCAUAUAGGAGUAUGCUGGUGUGUUUUUCUUUCCCAAUAAGUGCCAUGAUACUGUUGUUAUGUCAGUAGGACAGAACUGUGCCUUGUGGUGGACCUAUUCUAAGUUUAACUGGGCUCUAUUAAUAGUGAUUGUUCUUCUAAUUUCUAUAAGUGCAAUUCUGGUGCGAGUGUUGAGCAGUGGUGUGGCUGAAGUAUGUAUGUACACUUUUAUUUUCUUACUGUGAAGAAAGGUCAGUCAUUGUGCUCUUGUAUGUGUGCUUAAAGUGUAUGUGAUCCUUCUAGAAAUAAAAUGUUAUAUUGUGC